GCAGAUGGGUUGCUGUGGCACGAAGUCGAUGCCGGUCGAAGUGAAGCCGGAGACCAUCACCCUUGCUACACAGUCUAAAGCCUCCACAUCAACCGGCACUUCAGAGAUGGACUACGUGGAAAGCCCGCACAUGGAAACAAAGGUGGCUGGCAUUCAGGCCGACUCCUCAGACGUUUUCGUUCAAGACCCUCAGCAAGAUGCAAUCGACGAG